AUGAUAAAUUUAUUAAAGAGAGCUGAUUUAUUAGUAACUCCUUAUGAGUUCAAUGUCAAUCAAAGACAAAAAUCCUUAACAGUUAUUGGUGGAGUGCUUUCAAUAUUGGUUGGGAUAUUUAGUAUAAUUUACAUGAUUGGAGUCAUUUAAAAAGCACUUUCAGAUUAAGAAACUGUUUAUGUUGGUACCUAGACAAUAACACUAUAUUUGCCUUUGAGGUUUCAGAUUAAAAUGGAAAUAUAUUUGAAAAUAUAUCUGAAAUUCAAUAGUAUAUAUAUAGUAAAUAUUAGAUACAUUCAAAUAAAUGUUUAGUAUGUAGAAUAACGGAGGAAUGCUUCUAAAAUAGGAUAUGAAAGAAAUUCAACUAAUCUAAAGUUAAAAAAGUGUGAAACUACCACAGUUGAAAAAUUUAAUUUUGAUGUAAUUACUAUCUCAAAUUCUUAAAAACAAAAUCUUUAAUGUGCGGAUGGGGAAUAUAUAAUCACAGGAUAAUACUUUGAUGCUUACUUUUCAUAUUUGAAGGUUUAAGUCAAAGGGUGUAAAAAUACCACCGAUAUCAAUUGCAAACCAUUAGACGAAAUCUAAUCAUUUGUAAAAAGCGGAGUCAAUGUAGAUUUGUUUAUAAAAGGAUCAAGACUUAGAUAAUAAUUCAAUCUUUCAUCUCCUGUAGAAGCAUAUCCAACUAAUAUCUUUUGGAAAUUAGUGCUUGGAAUGUCCAACAAUGAAGAUAUUUUUAUUAUGCCUUUUUCCAUGGAUUUAAAAAGCAAUUCAAUAUUUUAUGAUUUAAUGAAUAUAAAAUUGGAAGAAACAUUAUUUUAAACUACUACUUUUAAUAAAUAGGAAAGAAGAUUAGAACCUAUAGAAUUUACAGAAGGAUCAACACUGUGUUCUUUUUAUAUAAGAUCCUCCCCUGAAAAUUAAUAUUAUUUUAUUACUCAAUCGGAUCUCUUUACUAUUUUUAGUUCUUCAUUAUCUGAAGCUACCGCCCUAGCAGUUGCCAUAAUGAGUUUCCUCAAGAUCUUUUAUCAUAGUUAUAAUCAACAUAAAACCUUUGCAGUUCUUAUGAACUCAGUUUUUAAAUUUGAUUUAGAGAGUGUCAAAAAAAAGAGAUAAUCUUCUAUUUAUUAGUCUGAUUAAUCAGGAACUAUAUUUUAAUAAAGAACUUCAACUACUCCUAUAAAAACAGGAUAAUUACAACAAAUAUUAAAUUUUGAAAUAUCCUAUUCUUUUAUCUAGUACAUGAAAUAUUUAAUUUACAAAUGGUUCAGAUCAAUAUAACGUUAUAAUUUCUUUAAAACUGAAAAAGAAAUCAUCAUAUCUUAGAUAGCAAAAUCAAAAAUUCAAUAUGAUUUAGAUCUAACAAAUAUUCUUAAGAAACUCUAUGAGAUUGACUGCUUGAAAUUAUUCUUUUUUGAUGAUGAUUAAUUAGUUUUAUUUAAUACAUUCUGUUCUCCAGUUUUUCAAGAUGGAAUGGCUAACUAAAAGGAUUUAUUCGAUAUUCUAACAAAUUAACAAUAAUAAUCAAAGAAACUGCUAUCCAAUUCAUAAUUAUCUGAAAAAGAUAAAAGAUUAGACUUGACUUUUGUAGCUAGUUCAGAGAUACCAAUUAAUGUUCGUUUAGCAAAAGUAGCUAGAUUUUUUAAGGCUUAAUUAGGAGCUUCAAAUGCAGAAGGAUUGGUUCGAACCUUUCAGAGAAUCAACGAGAAUCUAAAUUAGAACUCAGCUCUGAACUAGAAGUUAUUAAGCUUUGCCAAAUAGAAUUCUAGUCUAUUUCGUUUGGUUUAGAGUUAAUAUGAGGGCAUCUAACAAAAGUAACUUUAAAAUCAAGUUCCAGACGAAAUUAAUAGUUAAGAGAAGUAGAAUUCAGGGGGAAAAGAUUCAGCUUGGAGUAUGGAAGUUCAGAGUUAUUAAUUGGAGAGUGCUAAAAGACCGAAUGAACCGGAAGAAUAGAAUAUAUAAUAGGAUUGA